UCAGAGUUGCGCCUAAUGGAGCAGGAGCAUUCAGCGUUUCUUUGAGUGGAAGAGAUUUGAAUUUACAUCCCAAUCUAGUGAUAGCAUUCGAUGAAGUCCUACUGGACAUGGAUGAUCACUAUCAUGCAGGAGAUGGUGUAUACACAGUUCCGGUCAGUGGGGUGUACGUAUUCACCUGGCUGACCACUGGAACCACGACAGACAACGUUGUGACGGAACUUGUCAUUAACGGGUUGUCCCAGGGUUCCAUAUUCUCUGAUGCGGAAACAGGGCAUGCUUGGGAUAGUACCACCGGUGUGAUUGUGACGUCAGUCAGUGUAGGAGAUCACGUGUUUAUCCGGUCUAAAUUUAGUGGAAUCAUACAUAGCAGUAGUGUUUAUGGCAAGGCAAUGUUCUCAGGAUGGCGUCUGUCCUAG